AUGAUCAAUUUGAUUGGAUUUACCUUGUUGGUUGUUGGAUGUUAAACUUCAACCAUAAAACUUUCCUCUUUUUAUGAAUGCUCGUGUUAAAAUUUGUUAACAGACAAAGAUUGCAUUCUUGAAUUUUGCAAUUGGAACAAUAAUACAUCAUUAUGUCAAAACAAAUCUUGUGGAGAAUUUAAUAAAGGAGAUUGCCAAGGUGUUCCAGAUCCAUUUUAAUGUACUUGGAAUUACUAACUUGAUAAAUGUGAAACAUUUACAAAAUGCUCUGAUUAUAGUUUUUCAAUUACUCAAGCUAAUAGAUGCUAUGAAUUGAUAAAGUGUUAAGCUGAUGUUGGUACAAUUGAUAUUAUGGCUGGAACAAUAAAAUGCAUGGCUAAAAGCAAUGAGUCUGCAAAGAGUAUCACAAAUUGUGAUAAAAUUCCUUAUGACCAUUGUGAAUGGCUUGCAACUGAUGAUGAAAAACAAUGUGUUAGAAAUAAGGAAACUUAAUCUUGUGAAACAAGAACAAUAACUUAAUGUUCUGAUUAUAAAAAAAUAGAUGAGUGUGAUCCUAGUGCUUGCUAUUGGAAUGAAACAUGUAAGCCUUUGGAGUGCUCUAUAUUGCCAGAAUAAUCAUGCUAAUUCUAUUUUUCGAUUGAUUCAAAAGAUGUUACAUUAUGCACUUGGAACUAAAACUAAUGUGUUGAUUUAGAGCCAGAGAGCUUAGAUCAAGGUUAAUGUUUGUCAUACACUCUUUAUUCAUAUGCUUGGGAUCCAAGUAGUGAAUAAUGUGAAAUUUGUAGUAAAAACUCAAUAUAAAAAAGACUUUUUUUCUUUGGAUUCAUUUUGUUGGCUUUAAGUCUUAAUUGA